GUGGGGAGAGGGUCUGGCAGUUAUGUGUGGGAGGUGGCGAGUGGUGUCUAUAGGUGGGGUGUGGGUUGUUAGUGACACUAGGGGGUGUGUGUGUUGUGUAAUGUGCAUGUCUCCAGAGGAUUGAGUGUGUUGUGUGUCUCUAGGAAAUGUGUUGUGAGGGGUGGUGUGUGUAUGUGUGGGGGUGUCUCUCUGGCAGGUGUUGAGGGGUGGUGUGGGGUGUGUCUAGUUGGUGUGCACAGGUGUUGUGUGUUUGUGGGAGGUGAUGGUGCAUGUUACGUGUGUGUGCAAAUGUAUGAUGUGUGUGUUGCGGGUGUUUGUGUGUCUCUGGGCGGUGUUGGGGUCUGGCUGUGCGGGGGAGGGGUUGUGUUAAGGUCUCCAGGGUUGUGCGGUGGGGUGCGUUGUGUCUCGGAUGCAGGGGGGAACUGCUGGUUGUGUGUGGGGGGCGUCUGGGGGGAUUUGGGGGGUCUCUGCUGUCUGGGACCCCCAAGGAGGCUGGAUCCCACAUGCCCCCCCACCACCUGGGAACCCCUAACUCACCCCCUGCCCCCAAACGUGUCCUGCUGAGGGCAGAUCCCAGUUUGUCAGCUGGGCCCCCCACCUCUGUGGGUCCUGGCUGUGGGGGCCAUAGUGGGGGUUGGGGGGGAGGGCAUUGCCUGAGAAGCCACUGCUCCCUGGGAGAGAAGCGAGGACCCAGGAGUCCGGGCCGUUACUUCCCCGGGACCCCGCCCCCGUUCCCCACCCUACUGCUCUGCAGAGAUAACGCAUGGGGAAGGGGGGGGCAGCUGCACCCAGGGAGACAGCGGGGAGCUGGGCAGGGGGGCUCUGGGGAGCAGGCUCCAUGUCCCCGCUAUGGCGCGUUCCGCGGCCCGGCCGUGGGGUCCCCUGUGGGCCCUGCCCCUGCUGCUCCUGGCGCCCCACGGGGCCCUCGGCUUCUUCCCCAACUUCUGGUCCCGGGCCAUGGCCCUGGCCUGGGGCUCCACCACCCACCAGGACCUGACGGAGGACGCGCUGCUCAACGCCACCCUGGAGCUCUUCCGGGACCUGCCGCCCCCCCACGGCCGGCGCCCUGCCUGGGAGCAGUUCCAGGGCCGGCCCCUGCUGGCGGACGAGGUGUUUGCGGCGUAUUACGGCCCCGGGGCGUCGGCCCGGCGGUUCCGCGCGGCGCUGGUGGAGGUGGCCAACGCCAACGCGGCCCUGGACUUCCUGCCAGCGGCGCGGGACGACCCGGUGCUGCACUUCGACGGCGAGCUGCUGCGGCCGGCCGGCGCCUCCCUCCUGCGAGCCCGGCGCGAGGUGCUGCAGGCCCUGGGCGCCGAGCUGUACCCCCUCGCCCGCCAGCGCCUCGGCCAGCUGCUCCACUCCCUGCAGCCGAUGUCCGGACCUGCUGCUCCUGCACCGGCUGGACGUGCGAGGGGAACCUCCUGGGCUCACUCCGGGAGCGUGGGCUGCUCACCAGCGGGUAUUUUGGCUCCGAGCCGGAGAAACCGCCUGGGAAAUGCAGCCAUGGGGGGCAGUUCGACAGCAGCCGCCUGCGGGACCCCCAAGGGGGGAUAAACAAGGACAGUUCGUCCCCCCUCUUCUCCCCCCACCACUAUCUCCAUGGCCCGGCGGCCAGCCUGGCCCUCGAGGCCUCGGCCCAGUUCCUGCGCGACCUGCGGCGGGACCUGGCCCAUGACAAGCGAUUCAUGAGGCUGCUGGACGUCAGCCCCGCCGUGGGGCUCAGCUUCGUGCUGGACACCACGGGCAGCAUGGGCGAGGAGAUCGGGGCUGCCCGGCUCCAGGCCCGCGACAUCCUCACCCGCCGGCUGGGGGGGCCCGAGGAGCCCGACUUCUACCUGCUCGUCCCCUUCCACGACCCCGGCUUCGGGCCCGUGCACAAGACGAGCGACGCUGACGAGUUCCUGAGGAUCCUGAAUUCGAUCAGCCCCCUGGCCGGGGGCGACGAGCCUGAGAUGUGUUUGUCGGCGCUGCAGCUGGCCCUGCUGCACUCGCCCCCCAUGUCCGAGAUCUUCGUCUUCACGGAUGCCUCGGCGAAGGACGCCCACCUCCGGACCAGCGUGGAGGCCCUGAUCCAGGAGCGCAAGUGCAAGGUGACUUUCCUGAUCACGGAGGACCCCUCCAGGACGCGGGUGAGGCGGGAGGUGCUGGCCGCUGACCGCUUUGACCUGUACGUGGGCCUGGCCCGCAGCUCCGGGGGCCAGGUCAUCUUCACUGACAACGACAACAUCCGGCAGGUGGCGGGCGUCAUUGGAGAGACCACUGCUUCCUCGGUGACCCUGUUCCAGUACCAGAAGGGGGGCAGCUCAGGCCCUGGGGGGCUGGGCCGGAGGGGGCGGAAGAAACGCGCCGCCUGGGAGAGUCACCACUUCUGGGUCGACAGCCGGGUGGACGGGGCCGUCGUGACCGUCCAGGGGGACGUAGGCACCUUCCAGCUCCGUGACCCCACCGGGACCUCCCAGACCUCGGAUGCCACCAGCGGCCCCCUGGGCACCAGCCGGCGAUUUGGGACUUUCCACCGGCUCGAGCUCUCGCCCCGGCCGCCCGUCGGCCUCUGGACCCUGGAGGUGCAGGCGCAGGGCAACUAUUCGGUGCACGUGCGAGGCAACAGCUUGCUGGAUUUCCUGUAUUACUUCGCUGUCCCGGCCAAGGGGCCCCACCCAGGACUUUUCAAGCUGGACAGUCGCCCCGUGAGAGGGCUGCCGCUGUCGCUGGUCCUGGCCGUGACGGGGCUGACCCAGCCGGGUAGGGGCUCGGUCCGGAUGGAGGCAGUGCUGCUGGUGGACCCCGUCACGGGCCGGCGACUGGGCGAGGAGCUGCAGCUCCAGGAAGUGGCCAAGGGGACAGGGCUUUAUGCCACAGCCCUGCCCCCGGCCCUGCCCCGGGGGGGCUUUGUGCUGAUCCUGCGAGGGUCCGACAGCCGGGGCGGGCGCGUGGAGCGACCAGCCCCCCAGAUCACCUCGGCCGUGGGGUUCCUGCUACAGCUGAGCAGCACCGGGCCCCUGUUCCCGGGGCAGACGGGCGCCAUCUCCUGGUGGGUCUGGAACCCCAAGGAGCCCCAGGAGCUGGGCCUGGCCGUGAGCAGCGACCCCAGCUACCCCGUCAGCACCUCCAGCCCACGGCUGCAGCUGGGCAGGAACCAGACGGCGACGGGCGUCAUCUCGCUGCGGGUGCCCGGCAGUGCCCCCCCCGGUUCGGCCGUCACCGUCACCCUCCGUGCCGACCCCCUUUCUCCAGCCGGGGACGCCAACUUCGCCUUCAUCCAGCUCCUGGUGCUGCACUGGCCGUCGGUGCCGAAUCGCGCCUCUCCUCCCUGCAACGUCACCUCGGUGGCUGGCACCUGCGGCCCGCCAGGGUCCCCCUGCCGCGAGCGCCGCUGGACGGCCAGGCUGCGGAUCUGGGACGGGGAUGGCAUCCGGUCGGUGCAGGCGGGGGGCACGGCGGUGCCCCACUGGGCUGAUGGCCAGGCUGCGACCGCCACCUACUCCUCUGACUGCUGCACCCGGCAGGCGGAGCUUCUGGUGACCAACCGGCUGGGGGAGGAGUAUCGGUGCCCGGUGGCAGCGCCUCCUGCUGGCGCCGCGGGGGACCUGGCCCUCACCCCCUGGUGGGGAAUGGCAGCGUUGGCCGUUCAGGUGGCCUUUUAUGUCGGGCUGGGGCACUGAUGCUACAGGGCGCCCCCUAGUGUGUGUGUGUGGGUGCAGCUAAGGUACAGCAUCCAGUCCUGGCUAUGGCCCCCCUAGUGGAGACAGGUGGCACUGCACCCGGCUGGGACGCUCUUCCUGUAGGGUGCCCCCUAGUGGAGACAAGUGGUACCGCAUCAGGCCGGGACGCUCUUCCUAUAGGGUGCCCUCUAGUGGAGACAAGUGGUACCGCACCAGGCUGGGACGCUCUUCCUGUAGGGUACCCUCUAGUGGAGACAAGUGGUACCGCACCAGGCUGGGAUGCUCUUAAAUUAAUGGAGAUAUCCUGUCUCCUAGAACUGGGGGUGGAGGGGGGUCAUACCGUGACACUCCCAGGUCGGGAAUCCGGGAGGGGUUGUUUGAGAUGCUUUUCUGAGCUGACACCAGAUAUACGAAUAAUUUCCAGCAAAAAAUAAUAUAUUUCCCCCCAACUUUGUGGGAUGAAUGUUACACCCCUGACUCCAUUUCCCAGCACCAUCGCCCAGUGUGAGUCAUGGCGAGAGCUCCUGGAGGUCAGGGCUUCUCAGUCACAGCGGUGGGAUUCAAACUCAGAACCUCCUGGGUGCCCCUCUGCUGAAUGUUCUCCUAGGCCGCAGAGCACAGAAUGGCCAGGCUGCCUUGUGUUAAUGCACAAGGCUGCGUGUCUGGACUCCUGGAGUCAAUUCCUGCCUCUGCUGGGCAAGUCCCUUUCCUGGUCUGUGCCUCAGUUUCCCCUUGGUCUGUCUAGUCUGUAAGCACUUCCAGGCUGAAACUAUCCAGUGUCUGUAUGCAGACCUAGUGCAACAGGGGCCCUGAUCUUAGUCAGGAGGGGUAUGUGCAGCGCCUGGCGCCCUGAUCUUAGUUGGGGAGGGCGGGGUUUGGAAUGCUUGGCAUGACAGGGCUGUGAUCUCUAUUCUGCCUUUCGAAGCUGCCCACGAUCAUCCCGACCCAAGAUGCUUUUUAAAUCUCAUCUUCUAAUGGUUGGAAGAGUUGUGGCGGAUUUGUAUAUUUUGGCUAAUUAUUUUCAAUAAGUGAAUUAUUUUUGGAUUAUAUUUAUUUCCAGUGAUUCUGGUAUUUCUGGGUGAUGAUUUUAAAUUGGGUUUAUUGUUUGGGUGUCUGCGCUUUUUUUUUUUUGGUUAGUUUUGUUUUUGUUUUUUGUUUGGUUAAAGAUAAUACCACUUUUUUUUUUUAAAUUAAACUGCUGUUAAUAAAGGAAAUUGAUAAUGCCGCAGAA